GGCCGGUUGGCUAAAUCAGUAUUGUUCGAGACACCGUCAGCAGUGGUACAGAUAUCAAUUCGUUAUAUUCGUAUUGAUAUUAUAUUUUAAUAUUUCAUCUAUCCGUCGUACACAAUACACACAACAACAACAACAUGGUUGCCUGCAAAGUGAUUUUGGCCAUUGCCGUCGUGUUCGUAGCUGUUGUUCAAAUCAGUGGUAAACCCGCAACCGACACUGAAUGGGGUAUACCGUUCGAAGAAGCCCUCAAGAACAUCACCAAAAAAAUUGGCGACGUUGUCGGCGAUAACUCCGAAUACACCGCCGCUGCCAAAAACGGUUUGAACACUUUCGUCGACGGUUUCAAAUCCGAACUCGCAGUCCUUUCCAAAUCGUUCGAAGGCAAAGCUGGAGUCACCGAUGUUGUCAAGGAAGCCACCAAACAAUGGCAAACAACCAUCGACACAUACACCAAGAACUUGCCAAAGGAAGUCAGCUUGAAAGACUUUAACGAAAAGACCGAACAGGCCCUUAAAUACAUCGUUGAGCAUGCCACUGAGAUCACAAAGAAAGCCCAAGGAAACACCGACAUCGAAAAGGAAAUUAAGGAAUUCACCAAGAAAAACAUCGACUUCCUUAUGGAACAAGCUAAAAGCGUCCAAGCUAAAAUCGCUGAUGCCAAGAAAGCCUAAGAUGAACAAGUUUGAGUGACUGACACACGUUGUACCAACUAUGUCAACCAAAACACGAUAACUGACAGUUAAUUUAUUGCUUUUUAAUUUUAUAAUAUUUCACCUUUAAAAAUCAAAUAUUAAAUUUUACCGUUUUUAUACUUUA